AUGUUGAUUAAACUUAUAGAUAAUUUGGUAAAUAAUUUGAGUGCCCAUGGUGAAGAAUAUUACCUUAUUAUGAUUCUCAAGUCAAUGUUAUUAUAACGUUGAUUUCUAGUAUCUGCACUGGUUUCUUUUAGAAUAAAGUUCAGUUUGAACAAAGGUAUGAAAUAUAAGACUUUGGUGGUUAUAUAUAAACUUAUUUUGUAGUAGAAUAAGUAAAUAAUUUGAGUACCUAGCUUACAAGGUAAAGAAUAUAUUAUACCUUGACACUGGUUCUCGGAUCAAGUUACAGUAUGGACAAUUUUUUAAGUGUAAACUUGUUUAAAAGACUUGGACCCGGGCACAAGUUAACAUUAGAAGUCUAAUAAUGGUUACUUGGAACGAUUCCCUGUAUUAUCCAAAAUCUUCAGCUGUUUAAUUAAAAGAUGAAAAUCUUCAAUAUUGCCAUGCCACAAAAUUUCAGUUCAAUGGUAUACUGUUAUAACUUAUAUUAUUUAAAAUUUAUCUCAAAUAAAAAUAUGUUGUCUCUUCUUCUGCCGUUUUGGAUAUCUUAUUUUAUCAAUUUAAAAAUGGUUGAAAGAACAUAAUUCAUGUUAACAGGCAAGAUAAUAUUUACAAUAUUAUUUUCUCGUUUCUACUUAUAUUCCAUAAACAAUUAUAAGAAAUCACUUCUGAAAUCAUAUUGAUUAAAAUACACAAUAGAGCCAGGGGUAAAUUUAAAAACUAGAUAAUGAAUCUCAAUAAUUGUACUUUCAGUGUUUUGUUUUUUUGCAAUUGUGCUUUCCUAUAAAACACCUAUAGGACAAAGAUUCAGCUGUCAGGUUUUUCUUGAAAUCAAAUAGGCCUCAUAUGGUUUCACACCCAGAGUAUUGAUGUACAAUUUACAAAUUAAUUAAUAUGUUCCUGAAAUUUGAUUCCCAGCAGUUUUUAAAAUUAAGUUAAACACUAGGUUAAAUCGUUUAUUUUGUUCACGGUAUUAUGCAGUGCAGCCAAUGGGGUGUUUAUGCAUACACGUAGCACUAUAUUAUAGGCAACUGAAAGAGAUGUAAUCUCGUUGAUAUGAUUUUGUCUAGAAACAUUGUGUUAUAUUUGCAAAAUAAGUAACUGCAGGUGGAAGGCGAUUUACUAUCUCGAUAACCUUGCUAUAGUAUAACUUCGCUUAUUAAUAAAUAAAAUCUAUUUCCAAUUUUCUGAUGUAGAGUAAAGGAUAAUUUUGUCACAUGCAUAAUCUUAAAAAAAUCUAUGGAUGGCUAUGGAUUUUAGACUAUACUAUCGAACUUGCUUGCUAUUAAGGAAUUUGACAAUCUUCCAUUAUUUAUAGUUUAAGAAAAUCAUUUUGUUAAAGGGACACUGCACUGCCACAAUGAGCAUUUAAUUUGUGCUUCCAUGAUUUUUAAUGCCAAUGAGUCAGUUUUGGACAAGAAUCCAUAACGUUGUUCCUUAUAGUGACUUCAGUUAAAUCUUUAAUGACUAGAAACAAUGUUAUCUUCCAUUAAUCAUAUUGAAAGCAAGUUUAAGAAAAUCAAUUUGUAAAAGGAACAUUGUAUUGCAAGGAUUUUACUAGAACAUUCUUAUUCCAGAUCAUACGAAAAGGUAUUUUGACAUAAUGACUGACUCGUGACACGUUGCGAAACCACGAAAAUUCUAUCAUCAGAUCAACAAAAAUCCAAAUUAAACAACAUUUAUAUGCAACCGCUAUCUCGAAAGGAUAAUAAGUUUACAAGGCUUUUCAAUUUCGGUCCAUUCUUUAAGGAUGGUCAAUAUCUAUGAAAUCUUGAUGUUCAUUCAAGGUUUAAACCACACCAAUGAUUGGAUUUUGAUGUAAUUACGAUGCUAUCGGAAACUCGUAAUUUGCAGUUACAUGUAUGCUUGUAAAAUGAUGAUAUAGUACACAAAGUGAAGCGUAUAAUUGAUAGAGCCAAAUGCGUUAACAUCAGUGCGCUUUUAAUCAACAUUGUAUUUAAAAUAUUUCACAUUACACAUUGACAUUGUCUCUUCAAUUUUCUUGGCAAUGGGUUUACAUUCAAAUUAGUUAAAUGAAAGGGGAGGGGCGGAUGUGUUUUGGCAGAGGGAAUGCAUAAGCACAUUAUUCUGAGACUUUAAUGGGAUCUAUGUCCUAAAAGGAUUGUAUAUACUUUGUUUCAUAAUCUGAUCUCUUUUGCAGCAAAGUGUUGAAAUUAAAAUAGGCUGUAUAUCGAAGAGUAGGGGUAUAUAUUACUGGAUAGUGUGGAGACUAAAUGCGUCAAUCAGACAUUAACGCGUUAAUCCGCUAUAGCCUAUAUAGACUUAAAAUGGCAUUGUUUCCUAAUCUGAUUUCUUUAUAGAUUUUGCAAUGUGUUGAAAUUCAAAUUAGCCAUGUAUAAGUAAGGGGAGGGAAGGUGAAAUUGCCCAUAUAUAUUUGUGAAUCGUUGCUAAGUCAACACUCAAAUAGUAUACAAUGUUUCAGUCCUAUAUCACGAUUGCCUAGGGAAACUAUUGGUUUCUAUGCCGAGAUUGAUCUGAGCAAAUCUCAAUAUAUUCCAUGCCUGUAUUGUGUUGUUGUAUUCUCUGGCUAUCUUCGGGCUAACGAUACACAAAACAAAGGUGACAAUACAGUGUCGUGUGGAGCGCUGAACGCUACAUCAUCCUUCACUCAGUCAGUCACUUUAUUAGCCUUGACAAGCUCUUCACAAUUAAAUGCAAAUGAAGUUAGACCACUUAAUGAGAGCUUGUGGUCAACAUUGAGUAUUCGGAUAGGCUAAUAUUUGUCAGCCAGUGUACACUUUGAGUUCCUAGCUAAUUACACUGCUGUUUGUUUUUCACUUGUCUUAAAGCACACCCGUAUCGAUCACGGCUUCAUACAGAGGGUGGACACAGAUAGCAAACAUUCACUGGGCAUUCUAUUCAAACAAAGUAACACGAGGAUCCUCUGUCUAGCGGAUACUGCUCGAUCAAUCCACUACCAACUCCUAAGAAGAAGAUUUACCUGGAUCAUUGAGGACAUUUUUUUAACUUUAGAAGGUUUUGCUAAGGUAUGUUGGAACUUAUAUUUCUUCAAUUUCUAUAUCUUCAAUAUCUAUAGGUGUUACCUCAGUUAUUUUGAAACUUCAACGCUAUGUGGCUAUAUAGAAGGCGGAGGUAUAAUAUAGUGGUUUAAAUUAUGGAGGAUGCACUAGAUGAAUAGUAAAAUCCUUUGUAUAAACAAGGGCAUAUAGUCUUAAUCUACACUGAAUGAAGUUUAUUCCAGUGGAAUUAUACUCAGUGAUAGCUGAGAUUUGGUUAUAUAACAAUGCGCACAGUGACUAUAGCGUGUCGGAAUAAGACGCGGAGGUAUAUAAAAGUGGUUUUUAAAGCACGCACUUAUGAAUACCACAAGAUGUUUUGUAUAUAACCUAGCGGAGUAUGAUAGUGUAAAACUGCAAGCUAAUUCCAUGGGAAUUCCACUGUAGUCUGAAAGGUAGAACUGAAGACUGGGUUUGAACGAAUGUGCAUCGGAUGUCUUGAAAAACCCGCAGUGAUAUAACAUGAGUGACAGUAUAGUUUACGGUCCACAGCAAGGUCUUUUGUGUAAGCAAGAGCAAAAGAUAGUUUCAACCUGCAAGCUCAUUUCGUGAAAACAUGGCCAAAUAUUCUCAAAGGAAGAUCUAAAGUUUGCAUGCACGAUAAAGCUGAAUAGUCUAACUGGCCUCUGAAUAAACUGAGCUAUAAUCCGUUAAUGAUCCUGAGUUGUCCUUGCCCAAGCAUGCUUUCAAGCAUGCGUUAUUACUUUAAUAUUAUCGAGCAUCCAUUCCGCAUGCAAUCAACGCAUUCGAGAAGAAGUCUAAAUCUGAGAUUAGCUUUAAAACCAGUGAUUAUGUCAGGGUAUUCAACACCCUUUUGUCUAGUUUUAAGUGGUAUACACAUACCCCGAAUUUAGAUGAAUUAGCGCAAAUAGUUUCUAACAGCAUAUAAUACUGAUACAAGGCCUUACUGCCUAAACUUUGCAAUAUACUAUAGAACAGGUUAAAAUGUUGUCAGGUUGAGAUUUUUUACGCAGUCACGUAUUCCUUAAAGCACACGGAAGAUAAACGGCUUCCUUUUGUGUACCUUCUUAAUGGACUAUAUACGUCAGCGUGCUUGCAUGGCGCGGCUUUAUAUUUUUUACACACGCAGUGGCCUUAUACACUGGAUGAAUCUUUGUGCAGAUUAUCGUAGGACAAUAUAUACACGACAGAUUCAGCGUAUCCUAUACGCUCCGAGUCUUUCCUGAAUCGGAAGAUUGAAGUAAAUUAUCUCUCUGCUUCCUAUAGCUCUCUCAUGCAGGCUCUAGCGCAGAGUAUAUACAACAGUGCAUUGAAAGUAUAAUAGAGCUGUUUUGCACACUCACGAGUUAACUCGAACAAUAAAAUGCAAAAUGAUGAAUAAAAUGGAACCGUUCAUAAAAACAAAAUUCACCGUAAGUUCAUGCAUGAUAAUUUUGUACAGCGAAUGCGUUUUAAUUUGUUAGUUGAUCUGCAAUAUAAACGUAAAAAAACCUUUCUUAGAUAACUAUUUUUAAACAAUCCUUGUAUUUUUUUUAAACAGUUGUACUGAACAAAAAUUUAGUUUAACAAUUAUGAACUGAAUUGCUUGCUCAAUCUACUGAUAUGUUUUAAACGGACACUAAACUAUAUAUGGCACUCAAUUUUUUUUGUGCGACCAUUUCGUGCCGCUUAAAAACACGGAAAUAUUGUCCAAAAUCUAUUCGACGCCAGGAAAAAAUUGCAGUUGUGUUUUUUAACUUAAAACCUCUCCAAAGCGGGUAUAUUUGUACUUUUAAAAAAUGUGUGGGAAAGGUCAGCGAGCGCGUUGGAAAUUUCCCCUUCACAGACUCUUGACUAUCAUAUUUUAAAGAAGUUUUUGAAGGGCUUAAACACGAUAUCAAUGUCUUGAUUUCGACACGCAGCUAUGAUUAUUUUACACCUCUAUAUAGCAGUACUUCACACCUAUAGUUGAAUUGUUUAUCUGAUUAUGCGAUCCGCCUUAAAGAAUUAUAACUAUAAUCAGCUGGUGCGAGAGCCUUGCAUCGCUGUAGACCACGUAAGCGUCACUUAGCAAUGAAGCGCUCGACUUAUGUAAUGAUGAUAUUGGGCCUUAUUGACUUCUACAACUUACAAUCCAUCUUCACAUUAAAAAAGCUAUAGUGAUACAACAUUCUAUAUGAGAGUAUAUAUCAUCUGUUAACCUUGUAGAACUUUUAAUUUCCAAUAUCUAUGUAUAUUCUCAUGUUUUCACAUUAUACCUAAUUCCCUGCAGAUGGCGUUGGCGUGAAUUGAAAACACGGCUCCAUUUCAAGAAUUAUAUUAAAAUUAACCGGUCAAGAGAAUAUCAUUUAUCAUCUAGAGUGGUAAAAUAUAUACAUUUGCACGCUGCGGCCAAGAAUGUUGAACUUGAUCAAAUAGUAUGAAAUAGUAGGCGCUACGCACAUUAUAUAUGUAAGCUUAUGUAGACAAUUUAUCCUAUACUUCACUAGCAAACCUGAAUAAAUUAUAUAGGCUUGCGUUCUCCCAAAGUUGCUUCGAUUUCUCGCAUGGUAUAUUAUUUAUAGACUAUGGCCUCAACUGCGCUUGAGUUAACCACCUUAGGUUGCUUAAAAAAUACUGUACUCUGUAGGCGUACAACAGACUAUCGUGUAUAUAUGGGCGUUUUAUUCAAAAAACACAUCGGCUCCUUAUAGUUGAAACUGAGCAAACAAAUUAACCACAAUUGCUUCAAGGGUCGUGUACAUAAACUUGAACUUAAUCGUUUUCCGGUAUUUUCCCAAGCUGGCAACAUAUGGCGUCGCGCAAUAAUUUCCAUGCAAAAUCUGCUUCCAGUUUUCUGUAAAGUGACUAUUUAUUCAGCUGUACGCGCCUGCGUGUUAAUUAUAUCUUUAGAAAUACAUUCACAUUUUCUGACUAAAGCCUUGUACAUUUCAACAAAUAAAAGGUUUACCAUUUUAAAGCAUUGCCAUUGGAAACUGCUUUAGAACUACUAUAUGCGUAUUAAACUAAAUACUGGCAAAAUAAUGAAGAAUUUCAGUUUGGUUAAGUUAAGCCGGUGCGAGUCCGCGUCGCCUAAAUUAACGCAUGUGUCUUUAGAUAUGUCAGGUUAUACCCAUGUUGAAUUAAGUGUAAAUCGUCGAUUUGACUUAUUCAUGCGAUUUGUGACAGCUUUUCGAGAUUAAAACACCUUUUAAAAGAUAUGUUUGUUUUCACAAUUUCCGAGACAAUUUCGAGAUUGUCUUGAACAAAUCGUGUCACAACAGCAGAGAAACGGCUUGCUAUAACAUGGGAAAGUAGCACACACCCUAUAGCGCAAUGCUGAAAGCGCAGGCUUAGUUUGUUUUAACAAUUUCGAGAUUGUUUAGAAACACGUCACAGCAAAGAUACUGUUUGCUAUUAGUCUCAUUAUACGUUUUACGCAAACCUACAUGACUCUAUAGCUAGCGCAAUACUGAAAGCGCAAAAUAUUCUUCUUCAAAUCACAAAAACAAAAGAGAUAUAGAGUUUUCUCUUAAAAGUAAUUCUUAUUGCACAAAAAACGACUUAUAAAUGCUCGCUAUCAAUAUUUUAAAAUUACUAUGUUCAACGUCAAAAGAAACUUUAUUAUGAACUACAUCUACGAACCCAUUUUGUGCUAUAACCUAUAUACGAUCGAGCGAUAUUCAAUUAAAUCACGCCGGCGCUCGACCUCUAGCAAUGCCAAUGGAGAAACCUAUUAACUUCUACAACUGUUAUCUGAUCACAUAUAUUUUCAAAGACAGAUGAAUAGAUGCCAGAGCUUGUUAGUAAACUAGCACUGAUGCUUAUCAUUUCUAUACUGUUUUUAUCUUUGUGUACUUUUGUUCCGGCAAUGUUGUUUCAAAUUACUUGUUAAAAUUGAAGGGCAAAAACGCGCUUUAUUUUGUGAUAAAAUCAUUGAAGUAAUUCGUGUCCAUUCACUGUGGUUUUCCAAGUAAUUUUCUCAUAAAGCUCGACUCCAAACAGUGAUUAAUUUGCACAAUGCAGCUUUUAAUAUUAAUAUGCGUUCUUAUUGUACAAUAAUGAGGGAUUAUGAUCUUGAAUUAGCGAGAGCCGACGUCUAUAUUUAUAGAUAUCUAUAAUAUAUACUAUAUCAUUUUCGAGCUAUCUUUAAACUAUAACAAACAACAUAUGUGCGGACAAAUUAUCACAUACAAAACUAAUUUUCCGAGCUAAAUAUUUAGCUUUGCCCAUCAAAGUCCGUACUGAUUAGGUAAAAGAUAUGUUGUGUACUUUUCAAAUUAUUUUUCGGCACGUAAUUACAAGCGGUCGGAUUUACCGUGAGGUCAUUAGAAAGUGUCCCGCCUUUCAAUUUUAUACGGCCAUUUACUAAAGAGCUCAAACCCAAACAAAAACCUCGAAGUUAAAGUCUCGCUGCGCGGAGAAAUCUUAGACUAAUCAUCCAUUCACGAUAUAUGAAUGCGGCAACAUUAUAAUGAGAAAUAAGAAUUUUACAUGUGAAAUUAAUUUUCACAUGAUGACUGGGAAUAUGUGAAUUUCAUGGAGUGUCUAUCUUUUUCACUUAACUAAAAGGUAUAUACUCUGGCUGCCAGUCUAUACAGAUAGAAAACAAAACCCUUUGUGUUAUAUUCAGUAUACAGUUUUAACAAAGAAAAUGUUUGCAUGUUCAACGCUUAGGUUUGUAGCUGUACGUGUGUCUUCAAAGAAAAGUUCAGUUUACCUGAAAUCUUCAUUUCGUAAAGUAGCAAAUAAGAAAGCACAAAGCACAAAAUUCCAUCUCUGAUGAAGUGAUAUGCUAAAUGUAAGUCUAGCAUAACUAAGACUGGCAUAGCUGGUUGAUGAAAAGUAUAUAUUACACGGUCGCACGCUUUUAUCAAAGUAUACUUCAGCAUGGUUCACACCGCAUAGCAAACAGAUCAUAUAGCAUAGUUCGACAGUGUUAACUAGUAUUAUCAGGCUGGAGUGAAAACCUAUAAAGGGCAAUUAUAUACUAUAGGACCCCAUUUCUUACAACCUCAAUUUGAUACGUGCAAAGAUUCAAAACAAUCUGAAAGUGAAUGUUAGCAUAUUACCAAGUGAACAAUAUCACAACAACAACUUACGAACCGAAGUUUCAAUUAUAUGAGCACUAACGAAGUUUACUAUUACUGAUUAGGAAUGGAAGAUUCUAGCAAAUGCAAAUAUAGGAUGAAAACACAAAUAGGAUGAAAAACGUGGCUGGCAUAAAUUGAGUCAUGUUUUGUGAUAUGUCUAUAGCUAUGAUCUGCAGAUUAGGAAUCGACUUUCGGCAUCUCUGAGUGCUGUUCGCGUAGGUUGUGCUGCUCCAAAAUGAGUUGUAUCCAAACCUGAUAGUUUGAUGUUGAUGAUGCACGUAUAUCAUGAUCUCGUCUUGAUACUGAGGAUCCAAUGCAUGGGUUGGAAAGACUUGGAAAGGGGCCGGGGGUUGGUAUAUGGGUAAGGGUGUAGUUGAAUGGGGGGAGGGGGAGAUUCUUAAGAGUUCUUCAUUGUAUUCUCAUCACAUUGCAAAGUACACAAAGAACAGUGAAAAAUUCGUUACCAAUUCCCACAUUUACUCGAUGGCCUCAAGAAUGACAGAGUGGCGGGACAGAAUCCGACGGUAUACAUGCAAGCAACUAUAUAAUCUCGCUCAAAAACAAUGAAUUUUGGGCAGUGUCGAUCUGCCAGAAUAAGUUAGAAUUAAGACCUUUCUGAAGGAUGUUCAAAUCAACUAAAAACAUGCUUUAUAAUUCUUAACAAUAGCGAAAAACCACCUACAAUAUCUUUGAUCUGCUAAAUAAUAAUAUAUAGAGAUGAAACCGGAAAUUAUGUCUGCCCACAUUUCAGACUGCUUUUGUGAACUGCGUUCAGAGUGCAGAACUAAUGCACAGCUAUGCGAACGACGGCUUGCUGUUGCCCUAUAAUUAAUCCCAUUUGUGCAACAUGCGGUGUCUAUUUGCUUGGCCAUUAGCGAUAAUUAAAAGCUGUUUAGCCAUUCAACAGCAUCUCAUAACGUACACGAUAUUAAUUUUAGCCUUACGAUGAAAACUUAAAAUUUGGACAAAACUCUUAAAGAUAACAACAAUGUUGAGUAUUGAGUUAUGUCUCACUCCGCACUUGCGAAAUUCAGUCUUCAUGUCAUGUGCAUACCAAAAGCAAGGCUUCAAUUGGCGUCAACUAGACCAUACUAGAAAAAGCAGAUUGAUUGACUUUAAGAAAAAAGCUCAGUUGGACAGCGUUAGAUUGAUGUUAGAGGCCCUGUUGGGAGCUUUUAGUGUAACAAUAUCACACCCAGCGGGCACAAACUAUCUCCGUUAUGUACAACAAACUGAGAAUGUGAUCCAUUUCGUUUAUUUGUUCACACUCAGGAAAUUCCACAACUCAAAACUGUUACUGAUACAAUCACAAUCAUGUAUACAUAGUCACAUGUAUUUAUAACUUACAUCACUACAGAAUCCUAUCGAUGCUGUUUUUUAUGGCCUGCAUGGACUGACUCAUGUCAUAAAAAACCCCUUAUUUUUCCUAAUAUUACUUUCAACUGUUUUUCACGCAUGCAAGCCUUGAAAAACAACUGGGUUAGUCUAUUAUAUCUAUAAUCACGAAAUAUAUCUGGUCUAGAAUCUAUAGUUUAAUAACAGUUCAUGCAACUGAUAAUGAUUAAUACAAAUAAUUAAUCAAUGCAUAAAUUUCACAGUCAGGAAUGGUGUUUUUCAAUAAGGUGUUUAUUAAAGUUUAUAUAUUGAUACAUAUUCUUUAUUCACGAUAGCCAAUGAAAAUCCCUGUUAUUUUUGUAUGGCAUUUAAUUAAAAAAAACAUGAAUCGAUAUCACUCUUCAUCUUCUCUUGAUCAAUCUCAAAGAAUUGCGCAUGCGCAGGGAACUAUAGACUGUUAAUCCUUUUCUCGAGUUUUUAUACUGAAAGAUUUUCGCUUCACAUUUACACAUUAUAUAACUCAAUGGUCACAAUAGUUCUAAAUAUAUCGAAAUAUGUAUAAAUAUAGCUAGCUUAAUACUUUAUUAAUAGUCCAUGAUAGAUCAUAGGUUAGAAGUAUUUUGUGGUUUUGUCUGCAUUUCUUAACCUCACAGUGGGUAAAUAUAAUAAUUAUAUCAUAGUAUUUAGAAUGGAUGAGACUCCUACCCGUUGCGAUCCAUGUUUAAAAAGUUAAUGAUGCGAAGGAGACGGGUAGGUGAUUUAAACAAAGCUCUUAUCUCGAUCUUCCGUGUUAUAAUAACGCCGGCAUAUAGCCUUAAAAAGCUUGAAUAUUUUGAACCGUUAUUUGCACUUAGAGUGUUUUGAAAUUUGUCCACCACCUGCUUCGUAUUGUAAUUGUGCUCGCAUUAUUCUUUGGGAAUUGUUAUUGAGCAAUCUUGAGAUUUGAAAAUGAUGAAAGACAAUCUCGAAAUAUAACGUAGAUAAUAAUGGUUUUGUCUAAGAGCGUCGAACAUAAUCUUGAAAGGGCGUAAUAACCCAGAAUGACUUGAAAUAAUACAUUACAGAGCAGGCGUAAGUAUUAAGUGGACUAGUAACUAGUUGUUGUCGUGUACUUCGUAUAGAAGACGUAAUUCAGUAAAUAAAGUCUCGAGAGUUGUGAUGAGAGACUUUACAUAGCCAGGAGUAUAGUUGCUCAACUCUGUCUAAAUUGUCUAAUGACCCGAUCGAUAAGAGUCACAUGAGAGUUGAUGAGAUCUUACUGGAUAUUACCACGCGUACAUGGGCGGUAUAGCAAAACUGACUCUCGUCACAAAUCUCAUCAAAAUUUGAACCAGUUUAUAGUUCACGAGAGUGCAUAUGAAAGUCGAUGAGAAUUGGCUAGCAAACGCGAACUAUGUAAUGAACUCUUUGACCGGAGCCGUUUAGUACUUCACACCAGCAUCUUUUCCUACCAGCAGUCCGUUGAAAAUUAGCAGAAUCACAAAUGAUAUCAAAUUACAUAUACUCCAUUAUAGGUAUCCGAGUUUCAAAUACGUAUACUUCUGCUAUAAGUUGCUAUGUUAUUCGUUAGAUCGCACCCGUAACGAUCAGCGUCAUCAGAUUACUAGUGCGAAGGCUUGUAUAUAAGCGACGUGUUCACUAUAGUCUAUAGUGUCAUCAUCAUUUUUGGCUACGAUUUGAUUCAGUCAACAACUUCAUCAACUCUCACGCAACUCUUGUUCCCGUUUGACCAGGGCAUGAGAGUUGAGAAAACUCUCAUGCCAACUAUGGCUUCUCAACUCUCAUCAACUCUCAUGCAACUCUAGUUCCCGUUUGACCAGGCAUGAGAGUAAUUAACUCUUACGCCAACUAUCGCUUCAUGCCGCCAAGGUUUGACAUGUUGUACCAUCGACAAAAUGUCAUAUUUGUUGGCAGCGGUACGCGGUACCAGGAAUACCUGACGAAAAGCUGUUCAUGGUGUUUGAUCGAGUCAAACUGGAAGCACUCUUCUUCUCAUGAACAUCGCGGUGGCAGGUGUAAAAAGCCCUAUGAACUAUAGUGUGUCACCAAUACCCCACCGCAUCUAACGUAUGAAGCAAAGUGCGCAUAUACUGGAUAAUGUGUUAUGAAAUCAUACAUGAAAUGUGUUAACUUGUUAAUAGUAUAAACAAACACCUUUGGUUAUGUUUAAAAACUGCAUAAAAUACUUAAUGACGAUUCAGAUCAAACGAUAGCAAGACACUAUUUAAAUAGAACGUAGCAGAACACGAAAACACAAAAUAUCAUACUCUUUUCAUUUUCUGCAACUGAAUAGAAAAUUUGGGUAUAAAACGAAGUGAGCACAGACACGUAUAAAUAUUCCCGCAUCGAAAUCGUGUUCCCACCCAAUCAAUUUAAAAGUUUGUUUGUUUUAGCGCUAAUGACUACAGGGAAUCUCUAUUAGGAUUGUUUAGCACCUCAUUAACGCUGUUCAGUCAAUAAUAUGUCAGAGACAUUUACACACUCGCUACGUGGGAGCCACGCUAGAGAUGUUUUUACAGUUGUUCAUGGAUUUUCAUUUUCCUUUUUCUUUUAAACUUAUGACGGCCAUCUGUCGAAAGUAAACGUGUAAACGGCAAAGCUUGACGGAGGUUGUUUUGGCAUAAUGUGAUAUUUUUAUCUUAUGACUUAUGUCGUAAUAUGCGCGGUGUGAUUAUUCAGUUUUUCAAAGCAAAUAGAAUUGACAAUUGCACACAACAGAAAACUUUUUAGUAAAGAGUAAAGUUAGUAAAGUGUACAAUACCAAAUGAGCAAAGCUGCAAAGAUGCUCUAGCUUUAGGCAAUUGGGAAAACAAUUUUACCACAGGAAAUUUCUUUGCUCUUAAAAAAACUGAAAAUUGCGCCCGGUGUGUUUAUAUAGGAACUGUUAUAUCUAGGGCAUGCGAGAUUUUUCGGUUUCUCAAACUGCGCUUCGUGUGAAUGAAAUUUCUAAGAUCAGAGACAGACAGAGUGAAAUUUACUACGAAAUGGGAGAGUAGGCUAUAUAUUUUACUUUUAACUUUUCCAGUCAGAAAAAUUAAUUGCCCAAGCAUCCUGUGUGUGUGUGUGUGUGUGGGGCUUAUGUCUAUGUCUAUGUCUAUGAGUGAAUUUAAAGCUAUAAGUUUAGGAAUGUUGCAGGGAUUUGCAAUUUUGCACUUGGGGCAGACACCAUCGACAUAUUGAAAGUAGUUAAAAAUUCCAAGAAACAAUUCAUUAUAUAGUGUCUUGUUGAAUCGAUUUCACGCUUUUGGCGUUUCUACUUGAAUUCAUCGAAUGAGCUGUCGUCUGCAAUCUGCAAAGUGUUGAGGUCAAGACGAUCAUUAAAAUGUAGCAAUUAAUAUCCUCAGUCACGCGAAGUGUUCAUAUUUGGUGUCAUUGCUAGAGGGUUGCACCCGUAUGUUACAUAUCUGUCAAGAGAUAUAGCCUGCAUGGCCUAUAUAUUUACCAAGUUGAUGACUGCGUUUACUGAACUCAAUGUGAAACCUCGUGACGUCACUGUAUUAUCAAUAGCCCAGCCAAUCAUAAGGCUAGCUUGUACAUACCCGUCUGGCGAGUAGUAUCAUUGGUUUUAAUUCACUAUAUUACUAUAUCUUUCAGGAUCUGCGUGUGUUAUUACUCGAGAUUACUCUCGCUGUGUAUAAAGCCAGCCGUAAGGAGGCACAACCUACUCAAAGUAUCCAUACACUCGGCUGAGAAGAGCUAGAACACCAUGCUUCCAGCAAGACUACCACCUUUGAGCUUCACUCCACAACAGAUAGCUAAUGUUUGCGAAACUUUGGAAGAAAGCGGAGAUAUCGAGAGGCUGGCAAGAUUUUUGUGGUCACUACCAAUAGCUCCAGCAACGCUUGAAGCGCUAAGUAAAAUGGAAAGCGUAUUACGCUCGCAAGCUAUAGUCGCAUAUCACACAGGGAACUUUAGAGAUCUAUACUACAUUUUGGAGAACCACCGUUUCAGCCGUGACUCUCAUAGCAAGCUACAGAUGAUGUGGCUGGAAGCUCAUUAUGUCGAGGCAGAAAGGAUGAGAGGACGAUCACUUGGUCCGGUUGACAAAUACAGAGUACGAAAGAAGUUCCCGCUACCACGAACAAUCUGGGAUGGUGAGCAAAAGACGCACUGUUUCAAAGAAAGAACACGUACACUACUGCGCGAAUUUUACCUCCAGGAUCCAUACCCUAAUCCUACUAAGAAGAGAGAGCUGGCGCAAGCCACAGGCCUUACUCCGACACAAGUCGGAAAUUGGUUUAAAAAUAGACGACAACGAGACAGAGCUGCCGCAGCCAAACACAAGUAAGUAAGAAAUUGGCCAGUGUACAAAUCUUCAUAAAACAUGCUGCAUGAAAAACGAACGAAAUAAAAUCAAUUGAAAUAUGCGAUUACCAAUCAGUUACCAUUGUGUGAAAUGGCUCGUUGUUUAAAGCUCCCUCUUAUUUUUGUCCUGGGAUAGUCCAUAAAUUAACCUGGAUAAAUGGAUUUGGAAGAGUCAGUUGACGGUACAGCGAAGCUUGCAUACUUCAUUUGAUGCACGAAUAAUCUAAUCAGUAGCACUCACAAUUUUGGCAAAAAAAACAAAGCAGCAAGAUAGCUACACUCACAUUUCAAGAGUCUGAGUAUAUUUUACCUUAUGCAUUUCUUAAAACUUACCGCAGAAACGGGGAAGAGCACACAGACGAUAUAGCACUAUAGUAUAUCAGACAUUAGUAUUCCUAUACUUGGAAUAUCAUGUAUUUCAACAUUGUUUUACCAUAUAUACAAAAGUAUGCACAUUCUUGUCUGUUUCCACGACUUCAAUCUUCAUCCAGCAUUGCUCAGUAUGUAUUGCAUCUCACAGGGACUUUAAUAUCAUAAGUAAGCCGCUGAAGAAAACCAUCUCCUUUGCGGUUUCUGGAAACUUGCGGAUAAUAUAUUUUGACAACAAAAUUAUCAAAAAGAAAUUAUUGCAAAGUCAGAAUGCAAGAGCAGAAAAACAGCGCGACAGAUUUCCACGAAUGUUAAUCUGACAUGCUAAGAACUAUAAUCACAGUAUAGCAUAUCAUCAGUGAAAAUGGAAUACAUACUUUCUUGUACAUUUGCAUAGCGAUGUCAUUUUGUUUUGUUCUUGUAUCUUUUUUGUAUUUUUAUGAGAUAUAAUGUGCUGCAGCAUUAAAAAGUUUGCACGUUGUACGUUUUGCGGUAAAUACAUGCAGCCAUAUUCAUGUAUCAUGUCGCGGUCACUUACAGAACUGAAAACAGCCAAAGGGUGCAAAGUUUAAAUUUAUUCAUAUAUAGCUUCUGGCAAGGCUCCUGGCGCUAUAUUUGCUCGUAUGUUAUCUAUUAGAAAAUGUGGCAAUUAUCGUUGCUAAAUUAGUAAGAAUGACAGUGAUUUAUACGCCUUGCGAAACUAUCAAGCGAAGCUAAAUUGGACUCCAUCUUCAACACUAGACUGAUUUUUGUACACGUGUAAAUUUCGAGAAAAAAAUUGAUGCGAAAAAUGCAGCGAAUAGUACUUUAUCAAUAUUAAUUUAAUAUCCUAAACUGUAUCGCAAGACAUUUAUUAUAUAUUAAAAGUGGCCAAACAUGCAACAUAUAACUAUAUGUCAGUCCAAUUACAAAAUCCAAUCGAUUACUAAACGCGGUGUUUUGCACAAAAAAAUCAUAAUCAAUCUAUACACAAUGUGCGCAAAAUAUUCCAAAAUCCUUGCAAUGUUUGCGCAUGCGGUGCAGAAGAAAAACGCAAAAACAUUUAAUGUUUAAUGAGAAACGGAAAAAAUAACAAGGCGACGUUAAUAUCUUUACACACUGCAAACCAUUAACACUUAACUUUGUUUUUCCUUUUUAAGAAAGUAAACAUUUAACGGGCGAUCGAUUAUUGAGAUAAGCACUCUCAUUAACGCCGCCAACAUUUCCCAAUCCAAUUUUGAAAUAUAUGCGCGAAUAUUGGACAGAUAUUGCGGUUCGGUUUAGAUCACCAAGAGACCAUGCUGCUUAGAAACGUAUAAACAUUAGGUCAAAAAAUGGUUGUAUACAUUGCCUAUAUAGGAUAAUAUAUCCAUAAGCACGGUUAGAAGCUUCAUGUAUAGGAGGCUCUAAUUAUAACUAUAUAAUAUCUUAAUUAUACGUGGUGGUCUAAUGUAGGUAUAGAUAAUUGCGCGAGACAAAACUACCUGAAAAAUACAAGGAGAACUUCGACGUUUCGAGCCAAGAGGCCCUUCAUCGGGCAGAUACUUCGCUCGAUACGUCGAAGUUCUCACUUAUAUUUUUCAAAACGUUGUACUCCAAAGCUUAGCUUCUGUUAUAUCGUCCCUACCUACACUGGCACCCGAGAUAUCACGGAUGACAAACUCGAUUUUUAUAAAUGCUAAAAACUCCUAAACUGUGUACAGUACCUAAAUAUAAAAUCUUAUCAGUAUUUUGUGAAGAUUAUGAUCGUUCUUAAUAUAUAGGGCAAUGCAUAUUUUUUGGAACGGCCUAAUAUUGUGAAAAUUUCACUCUUUCUAGCGCAGGUAAAAGUGAGCUUUGAUUUCUCAGCAAGAUUUUACGCUACGCCCACCAAAAAAACAAAGGCAAAUAGCUAAUAUCUCAGUCUAUGUUGAUUUUCAUGGAUAGCUAGCCGCUUGAAUUUUUUUAAACUAUAGAAACCUGAUUUCUGUUGUGCAUUUCCCAGGCAUAUGCAGUCAUGGGCUAUUUCAUGCGACACAAAGUCUAAAUUGAAAUUGUUAUCAGUGAUUUUGUUACUAAAUCUGCGAUGGUGCUACAGAGGUCUGUCACAUGCAUGGUAUCAUACAACUAGAAGUGGACUGCAGCUAAAAUUGUAACUAGGAAUCCAAAUUUUAUAAAGUACAAUAACCCAGAUGUCACAAACUUAUGCAUGUAGUAAAUAAAUAUAUAAUCUAUUAAACAAGAAAUUUUAACAGUAUUUCGCGUGCAAGCAUGAUGCCACAUUUAGCUAAAACUAGUUGGCUUGCAUGCUAAAGUUUUGCCAAAUUCAAAUUUUAUCAUGCAUGUACAUUUAUAAGGUUAUUGUCAUAUGCGCGUAGUAAUUAAUCAAAAUAAGAAAUUUUAUCAGUGUUUCUCGCAGUCUGAGUCAGCUAUAUUAAUUAAAAGACAGCUGCAUCUUGGCAAUCAGUAUGUACUAGAUGCCUGCGUCUUCAGAUCCAUAUUAAGAUUAUAAUAUGAUACUGAGACAGGAAGUGUGAAACAUACUUGAUAGGUGUUUUGAUAGAUGAUAAAGACAUGCUAUAUUAGAGCGUAAUCUAUACGCCAGCCCAGUGUUGAUGUGUGAUUUAAAUAUGCCCGCAUUCCAAACCACUUUAGCUUGUUUAGUACAGAUUGUGCACCUGUGAUGAGGUGUAGUAUAAUAAUUUGCACUAUGCACUGAACUUUCUUUCCAAAGAAUAGUUUUCUUUGCUCCAAGUGUAUGACAGUGUGAACCUUUUUGAUGACAGCAAUUAAGGAUGGCAGAAGGAAAGAGAAAGCACCUAUCCAGCCCUUUCUAGUUUCUAAGAGGGGCAAAGGUGCCCUUUUAAUUUAUAAAUAAAACAAAAAAUACCUUUAUAAGUUUACAAUGCUAAAUACGGUAUGUUUAAUGCUCGACUACGAUAGUCAAUAUAGCGCAUUUCAUGGAAUUUGUCCGAUCUUCAAAAAUCUAAACCGAGCUUCAAAAAUCCCUCCUCUUGCCCGAAAUCCCCCUCCUCCCUUGCUUUCUUGUCAUUCCGGGGUCUUUGAUGACACCACUAUUACCGUAAAGACUCUCGUGCCUCUGGUGGACGUCCCAACCUAACAGAGCGGAGGAUUGAAAAAUAAUAUUGCAUGAUGAGGUUUGUUGAUCAAGAAUCUCACUCCACAGUCCACUGAUCUAUAUAUGUACUCAUAAUGUAUCAUUUAUAAGCAGGAAUUUUUAUAAUUAACUUCAGUGAUUGGCUCUUACAUCACUGCCACACAUGAAACAAAACUACUCAUUAAAAUCUCAAAACCAAAUUAUUUCACAAUAGUGAAAAUAAAAUCAAAGUCCAUCUUAUGCCCCCGCAAAUUCAAUAUCUAAAUUCCAACAACAUAUAGCAUAUCACAUGGGCAAUACAACCUGGCAACUCAAUGUUUACAUGAUAGUACAUCUGAGACACACCGCCUUCUCAUAUAUAUAUAUGUUUAGAUAUCUACAAUUCUCAAAGUAUGCAUGUCUGUAACCAAGUGUGCAGAGUGUGUCGCAUAUCAAAUAUUUUAUUGCAAACAUUGGUAUUAUUUACAAGUGCAGACGUUAUACAAGCCGCAAGCAUCGAGCGGUGCCAUAUGCACCUUAUAUAUACAGCUAUGCCUAUGGCUAUGUAAAUUGUAAAAGGUUGAUCUAUAUACAUUCUGCUUUCCUCCUCCUUGAACAGUCAAAUUGCGCAAAUUUAUGGCCUUGCAUGUAUUAGUAAAUACGCCUUUUGUCGUGGGAGGUAACCACGGUUAAGUAUUCAGUUUAUAUCAGUGUUCAAACCAAGUCGGUGAAUAUUAUAGCAAUAUAUCAACUCCUCUACAUAUUACCAAGUUAACUUCGAUAAUUCUAUUGAAUAAAACCUCGCAAAUUGAAAAUAUUUCGUUCAAAUUGCUUCGAUGACGCUCCUUGUAAUGGCGCCAUGCAUGGUGGUCACUCAAAAAUAAAAGGUGCGGCUUCAUUUUUUGUAUAGGUGUAGAAGCCGCUAGUCUGUGGUUAAGUAUUUCUAGAUAAGUGGAGGUAACAGACUGUAAUGGAGAAUUGCAUGACUGAAUCAUGACUGGAUGGCACUAUCAGUUGCCAAGCUGAGUGUUAUCCAGUUCACAUGUUUGUAUUAACCAAGUGUGGAGAAUGUGUCGCAUAUCAAAUAUUUCGUUGCAAACAUUGGUAUUAGCUUCUAUAUCCACAAGUGGAAAAAUUGCACAAGUAUACUAUGUCAACUAUACAUAAGCACCUUAUACGGAGAAGUGAAGAAUUCGACCUACAUCAAAUUAUUUUGCAAUUGUGCUUCUCUUCUUUCUCCGAUAAUAAAAAUCCAAGUAGUCAACCAAUGCUUCUUAGCCUUGCAAUUAUUAGCUGUAUAUGACACUAUUAUGUUUUUCAGUUCAAGAUGUAUCUUAUAUUAUGCAGGAUUGGUCAUAUAUAUCAAAUAUUUUAUUAUACAAACAUUAGUAUUAGCACAAGUGGGGAAGCUACACAAGAAUGAAGAAGAUAAGCACCACCUUCAUAUUUGGAGAAUUUAACCUACAUGGAAGUAUUGGGCAAUCGGCCGCCAGUCCCCAUAUUUCUCCUUUUUGCCAAAUAGUCAUUAACCCAAUUCAUUAACCCAACCCCUAUGAAAUUUUCAGUUGCGCGAGUUCUUUUUCAAAAAUAUGUAAACAGCGAGCUUAGCCCGCCUUUCCCAUUCAAGGGAGUAAACUGAUUUCAGUGUAAAGCCCGGGAGUUGGCAGUCAGGAAUUGUUUUGGGGGACAUUUGAAGCUAUAGAUUAACAAAAUAAAGGUUUGAUUGCUUGAAGGUUAUUGAGGCCUAUAGUACACAUGUCGCGUCCAUCGUGCACUGAAUUUAAUGUAAAUAUAGCCUAAGCUCAUUUGUUUGACUUCGUGAAAGGUUCAACAUUUACACUAUAGAUUUGAAUCUGAGUAUAGGCGAGCUAUACAAGCGUAUUUUGUUAAGGCGGGUCUACACUAUCGAAGUUUCUGUGAUCACAGUAGGAAUUUUGCAAUGGUAAAUUCUAAGUUUUGAAGGAUUUAUAAGAAUUAUAAAUGUUUGAUGGAACUGAGUCGGUGUUAACACACGAGUCAUUUCCUCAAAAAUUUCUUACAGAUCCUUCAAACCUAUGCAAAAUUCCUAUUGUGAUCACAGAAACUUUGAUAGUGCCAGCCUUAAGAUGCAGAGCGUGCCGGCUCACUUCUAGAAUAAUCAGACGAGUUCAAUUCGCUAAGGGGACCCUCUUUUUCUGCAUAUAAUCCUGGAGCCAGCCCUGAUUCGAUACAAUCGAGAAAGGGAUCAAACAGAACCAUCCAAAGAACGCAUGCACUGAAAUUUUACAGCUGCUUCGUACACAGUAGUUGGCAGUAAACACAUGUAGCUAUACUUUAAUUGUUAUCGUGGUGGUUAUGCGUGUUUGUUUGGAAUUUUGUUUCUGGAAUAGCAAACUGUUUAUUCCAUUGCUUGUCAGCAAGAAAUUUUAUCAACUGUUAUAUUCAAGCUGUAGCGCAUUCUAUGCAUAUUAUUUCAUCGCCUGCAACCUCACCAAUUGCUUCUGUUUAUGCUUGCAAGGAGGAUAAAUAUAAUUGAUUAAUUUUUGUGGUAAACUGCACUAAUUAAGUCGUAUUUUUUUGCAACGUUCUUCAAUCCGUACGUAAGCAUGAAUCCUGAACAGUGCAAGUAAGCAGAAAUUCCAAUAAGCGCAAUACGUCUUAAUCUUUGAGAAUUUGAGUCUAUUUGAAAUUAACAUUAGCACUCUAUAUAAAUACCAGAAAAUGAAACGAGGAGGUACGGGAAGUAAUAUGUAUAGAGUCAGCUAACAUCAAAUUUUAUACAUUGACUUAAAAAGCGUGAUAGCUAUAUGUCUAUUCUCAGAAUAUCAGACAAAGAACAGCUUGCUCCAUAGACUUUAAUUGCUUUAAACAUUUCUUUAAAAACAUAGACAUGCGGACGGAAAAACCUGUGGGAAUACGUCGCAUUAUAGUCUCGUGCUGACAGACAUUCAUUAGAGGUUUCUGGUAAACAAAAAAUGAUAGAAAAAUUUUGUCAAUAAGUCGGUUGACGCGUUUUUAAGUAAGCAAGCAAAACACGUUAUAUGCCACUGAUCUAGUCACGAUUCAAUUUUCCUAUUGUCUUUUGUAUAUUGUAUUGUUUUGAAAAUCUUCAUUAUCUCCAUGUUGUCCAGUCACUCAAUGCUGGUCUAUAUAUUACAGACAGUUGAAUAUCAACCAUGGAGUGAGAUUGAAUGAUCUGAAACAUGCCUUUCAGAGUCUCAAGUGUUCAAUUAUCCAUGUGUGUUUAAAGAAAUAGUCAUGAUAUAUCUCGUCUUCUAUACGCAGCUGCUAGUGCAGGUCGUUCCUCCCAUAGAUAUCUUAUAUACACUAGAUAGUGCAUCUAAUUAUUCUGCAAUUCAAAAAUUGAAGCAGUGAUUGCAGACUCAGGAUAUUCCCAUGAAAUGAGAAGACUCGUAGGUUUCCUAUUUCUUAAACAGGGAACUUAAACAUUAAGUUAAACCUAUUCCAAAUACAUUUUCAAACUAUUCAAAUGAUGAAAGUUAUUGUUGUUUUUUAAGCGUUUAUUAGCGAGUGGGAAACUCCAACAUGGCCGCCAUCUAUUCAAAUGGGGGUAACCGCUGGAAUAUUCUUGGCUUCAAUUUUACUAAAAGCGCUAUCUAGUGUAUAUAAGAUAUCUAUGGUUCCUCCCUUCGGAGAAUAUCAGUGAGGUUAGAUUUGCCCACCACAAUCCUCAAGGCCCAUUCAAACAACGACAAGAUGUUGGUCCAACACAUCUGGUCUAAUAUUGUUGGAUCUACCAGUGAUCUGAUCAUCUCAAACUAAUUUUAAAAUAAUUCAUGAGUAACGAUUAGCCAACCAUAUUGCUUUAUUUUGCUCACAUGAUAAUACUGGAUGGCUGGUGAAGUACAUUGAUCCAGUCCUAGGACUGUAUCAAAAUUAAUUCAGUCCUUGGACUGUAUCAAAAUUAAUACACCUCACUUUAAGUAUAUAGUGAUUUAUUCGUAAGAGAUGUCAUUUCAAAUCCAACUAUGAGGACUGGAUUAGAUCCUAGCAUUCUAGUCCUAGCAUUUCUAGUCCUGAGCACUGGGCUCAGUGUCGGAUUUGAAAUAUUACUUAACUCAAAUCUUGUUUUGCAUACUAACCAACCAAGUAUUUUCUCUGUUGUUUCCUAGAUCCCAAUCAAAAUCACCUCACGCACACGGCGGCAGUGUCUCGAGUGAAUCUGACCGCGAAAAAAACAAUUCAAGUGAUGAAGAGAAUGGGAAAGAUUAUUGA